AUGCGACAUUUCAUAAAGAUCUUCGGUCUCUGGACUGCUUUUGUCGCAGCUGACUCUGAUGGCGAUACUUUGCUUCAACAAUUCUAUGCUCCAGGGCGUCUUCUUGGCAAUUCAUUUGGCAAUCCCGGUGUAAACGCGACAUUUGACUACGUCGUUGUUGGGGCUGGUCUUGCUGGCGCUCUGACAGCAUCACCAUACUAUUCCACAAUGUAUGUUGGGCCAAACGCAGACGAUUACCAGCCAUUAAUAGAUUGGGGCUACUUUACGGAACCCAUCCCUGGUGCCAGUGGGCGGCGGUAUUUUUACGCGCAGGGUAAAACUCUUGGUGGAAGCUCAGCACGCAACCAGCAAAUUUACCACAGAGCAACAAAAGGCUGGUAUGCGGCCAUGGCCAAUAUAACUGGAGACCCAGCUUACCUCUGGGACAACAUGUUCCCUUUCAUGAAGAAGAGCUUCUCAUUUACACCACCAGACAUCAGAUACCGCGUCGAAAAUGCUACAGUGAACUUCACACUGUCCAGCUUCGAUAGUCCUGGAGGACCAGUACAUCUGAGCUAUCCAAAAUACGCUCAGCCAAUAUCCUCAUUUGGGCCUCAAGGUUACUCUGCAGCUGGGAUUAAAGCAGCCAAUGGUUUCUUAGAUGGAAACCUACUUGGUUACGGAUACUGGCCGUUCACACUGCGCCCUGAAGACAGCACAAGAAGCAGUACAGAAAGUGCUUUUCUCUCCCGGACGGCUACCAGGACUUCGUUGAAAAUCUACCAGUCAUGUAUGGCGCGUAACCUUCUUUUUGAUGAAAGCAAGCGCGCUUUUGGAGUCAAUGUCACAGUCGCAGGAAGAAGGCCUUUUGUCCUUCAUGCGCGCAAGGAGGUCAUCGUAUCUAGCGGCUUCAUCAACUCUCCACAUCUUCUUAUGGUUUCUGGUAUUGGACCGCGAGCAGCGCUCGAAAAAUACAACAUCCCCGUCAUCUCUGAUCUUUCAGGCGUGGGCCAGAAUCUCCACGACACUCCUGCCCUCGGCGGCAUCACUCACUCCUCAAACGUACCUGGUAGGAGCGCCUGGACACGCAAUGCCACGUCCUUCAACGACGCCGUAGAAUCCUACCUCAAGAACGGAUCGGGCCCUCUCAGCAGUCCAGCCAGCGACUUUGCCGCGUGGGACAGAUUCUCCGAAGAAUAUACGAGUAAGAUGAGCCCGUCAACUCAAGACUACCUCAAACAACUACCUUCCGACUGGCCAAAUGUCGAAUACGUACUACAAGCUUCUGAGCGCGUGCUUUCCACAUCCCAAGCAGCCAGCAACACCGGCGUCAUCGGCGCAAUUCUUACUUCCGCCUCCAGCAGAGGAAACAUCACUAUUCAAUCUGCCGACAACACCGUCGCACCAAUCGUAUACAUCGGAUGGCUGGACUCAAAAGAAGACCAGGAAAUGGCCGUUGCGGCAUAUAGGCGCGCACGUACGAUUGCCUCCAGCAUCUCCGCGUUUGGCACAGAAAUUGCCCCAGGGGCGAAUAUCACAACUGAUGCUCAUAUCCUUGAUUACAUUCGCACAAAGGGCAUGGGUGCGAUUCAUCACGGAGCGGCGACAUGCGCGAUGGGCCGUAAUGUUUCCGAUGGAGCGGUGGUAGACUCGAAAGCCAGGGUGUUUGGAGUCAAGGGAUUGAGAGUGAUAGAUACUAGCUCUUUGCCGUUUGGGGCGCCGGGGCAUACACAGGGUGUUACGUAUGCGCAUGCGGAGAAGUUGGCGCAGGACGUUAUUGAUGCUGCAGAUGAGGAGUAA